GGUCGAAUCCGGUCACUCAACAUCCAUCAGUAAUGUGACAGUGAAAGCAAACUUCCUGGAGAUAACCUACUUGAUUAAUGUUAACUAAUCUAAAUACAUGUGAUCGAGCGGAUCGUGUGUGUGUGUGUGUACAUUAGUUAGAGUACUCACAGUUUCUGUGUGUGGAUCUGCUGGAAAGUUUUAACUUGUUUUCAUCGCGAUCAGGAAAUAGACGUCAGUGAAGAUGAGUGUCGGGUUCAUUGGAGCGGGUCAGUUGGCUCACGCGCUCGUGAAGGGUUUCGGGGCGGCAGGUAUAAUCGCCACUCACAGGAUAACAGCGAGCUCUCCAGACACAGACCUGCCUACUGUCAUAGGGCUUAAAAAAAUGGGAGCAUACUUCACCACCAGUAACAAAGAGACUGUAAACAAGAGUGAUGUUCUCUUUCUUGCGGUAAAGCCACAUAUUAUUCCAUUUGUUUUGGAUGAGAUUGGACCAGACAUUGAAGACCGGCAUCUGAUUGUGUCCUGUGCGGCUGGGGUCACCAUCAGCUCAAUAGAGAAGAAACUGCUGCAGUAUAGGACAGCACCUAAAGUAAUCCGCUGUAUGACAAACACCCCAGUGGUGGUGCGAGAAGGGGCUACAGUGUACGCCACAGGCACUCAUGCCGAGGUGGAGGAUGGCAAGCUUCUCGAGCAGCUAAUGGCCAGUGUGGGCUACUGUACCGAGGUGGAAGAGGACCUGAUUGAUGCCGUCACGGGUCUUAGCGGCAGCGGACCAGCUUAUGCGUUCAUGGCGGUUGAUGCUCUUGCUGAUGGCGGGGUUAAGAUGGGAUUGCCCAGAAGACUUGCUGUGCGCCUGGGAGCUCAGGCCCUGCUAGGGGCAGCAAAAAUGCUUCUGGACUCUGAGCAACAUCCCGGACAGUUAAAGGACAAUGUGGCUUCUCCUGGUGGCGCCACAAUCCACGCUCUGCACGUAAUGGAAAGUGGUGGCUUCCGAAGCCUCCUGAUAAACGCUGUGGAGGCGUCGUGUAUUAGAACCAGGGAGCUUCAGUACUUAGCUGACCAGGAGAAGAUUUCUCCAGCGGCCAUAAAGAAGACGACUUUGGAUAAAGUUAUGCAACAGCCGGGCGUGACCGCAGCAGGUGUCGGGGUCCGGACAGGUCUCAGCCUCUUUAACAGCAACCCUCCUAAACACAAGAAACACUAAAUCACAUCACUCAAAGAAUCACUCAGUCCAACACUGGUUGGUUAGCAUGUUUUCUACGGCAUCUUUAGUUGAAACCCUCUUUAAAGUUAAAUCAAACAUAAUAAUACACACACACAAUGGCCUUGAAAAAUGUAUGUUUUGCUCUCUAUUCAAAGAUUUUUUCAAAGAUGCAUUAAAAAACUAUUGUAUUCA